ACCCUGCACUCAGACCCGCAUCUCACCUGUAUGUGUGUCUGGGUCUCAAAGGGCAGCAUGAUCGGAUUUAUCAGUGCUUAUCUACCUGAUUGCAAUUUUCCACAGCAUCUUCCAAAUACUGUUGCACUUUAUGUCAUUGUGUCCUGUCCUUGUUCAACUGCCCUGUGUGCCUUUCAUUUUAAACUUUAACUUAGUUUUAAAGUUAUUUGAAUUGAAUUGAAAGAAGCAUUCCAGUGCAAAUGGCAAAUGAAGCCUCAUUUCAUGUCGGAUAAGUGAUGGCCGGAUUCCUAUGACAUUACAACUGGUGGAGCAACAGACACAAUAUAUUUUGCAAUAUAUUUCAUUUACAGUGAAAUUUCCUAUGGCUUCUGAUAUUGCUACUGUUAGUAAAAAUCCUUGUUAAAGACUAUAAACGUAAAGAAUUGAGGGAACUUGGAGAAAACGAUUUGGAACUUUCUUACUAAAAUCCAGCUUCUGAACAAGGGUAGAUCGUGGCCACUUGUAAAUGUUUUGCUUGCAUAUCCAAAAAACGCCACACGCUUAAAAUUUUUAUGCGGGAUAUACUAUAUUCAUUAUUCUUUGAUAUAUAUUGAAUAUAUAUUGAAUGCCGUAAAUAGCUUUAGAAAAAACUAGUCAUUGUGCUGAACGAUAAAUUGAACAUAUGAACAAAGCGGCUGAUUUAAGAUAACUCGAACAAUACACUGUACGUGAAAUUGAUUUUAAAAGCUGAAAGUAAAAUAGGCGAACAAGUAAUUCUUAAAAUAGCUGAAUGGUAUAUAAAUAUUUAAAACAACUUGCCAAAAAAUGUAGCAUAAUACCAGCUUUUUAAAACACGCUUUAUUAGGUUUCCGUCUACUUAACAUGUCAAUGAAAUACUGCGCUAUGAUGGAAGAAAAUCACAAUUAAAUUUGUAAGGCUCUAGGACCCGGGGAAGGGAAGGUGUUUUCCUCUUCGAAAGCGAUUAUAAAUGGCGGGGCAUUUAUGCAGAUCAUAAACAGUAACUAAGUAUUCUUUUAUUUCAUUUCGAAAUAUAUUAAUUAUUCGUUUGUUACAGAGUGUAGAUGUUUCGGUUGCCGUGCAUUAUGCUUAUUUUCCUGCUACACAAUUCCCCACCGCUGGAAACCCAAACAAAGCGCCCAUUGACCACAGCAGUAAGGAAUUACAUCUAAAUAGGGAAGAAACCAUGGCGACUGAGUUCAGCACUUCAGAUCCGACUUUGGUACCCAACAAUGGGGGCGAACCCGAGGAAGACGAGGAACAUUGGCUUUAUGGGGAUGAGACCAAAAAACAGAGUGGGGAGAAUGUGGCCGGGUUUCCGGAUGCCAAUCAGGAGAGUUACCUUAGCAACACCAAUGAGAAGCAGGCUGCCGAUAAGGCAGCUAAGAGCGGAGAGGAUGAUGACAAUGAUGAGAGCGACAGUGACGAUGACGACGACGUCAAAGUCACCAUUGGCAACAUUAAAACCGGCGCGCCCUCCUACAUGGCACCACCUAUGAACCUGAGUCUCAAGUCAGGACGCGGCUAUGGAGUCACAGCUCCAGCAAAGCUGCAGUCCAAAGGCAUCGACAUGGAGGCAGUGGGCAGCAUCAACGGGCUGCCUGUGGUAGAGGUGGACAUUGACAUCUUUGAGGACAAACCAUGGAGGAAGCCAGGUGCCGACCUCUCAGAUUACUUCAACUAUGGCUUCAAUGAGGAGACGUGGAAGGCGUACUGCGAGAAACAGCGCCGGCUGCAGCUGGGCCUGGAGCCUGGGGUCCCCCAGAACUCCGAGAAUAAAAUCACAGUGCAGCAGGGAAGAUCCGCCGUUUUGGAGAAAGAAAUUGAAUCAGCUGCCAUCAAAACGGAAUUCAAGAUGGACUUUAUCCCGCCAGCUAACAUCCUUCCUGCAGCCAGCAGACUUAAAGCUGGACCCCCUCCAAACAGGAAGUUGGGCGGCACCAUCGAUGUGAUCGGCGGACAGACGGGAGCCAUCCGGCGGGUCGAGGGCCGAAGGAGAGAGAUUCACGAACACAAUCCCAUCCAGGUGCUGGGUGACCAUGCCGGUAAGACCCCACCCUUUGUCCCCCCGGCGGGCCUCCCUCCCCCCCCUAUAGGAGCGCCCCCUCCUCACUUCCUGCACCCGCCCCCACCGGUGUCUGGCAUGCCCCCGCCACUGCAUCCACCUGGUAUCCCCCCCCCAGCCAUACCAGGCUUAUUCCCGCCUCCUUUGGCUCCGCCCCCUACUCUAAUGAUGCCCCCGAUGGAUGGGAGGUGCCCCACCACCGGGUACACCACCAGAGCUCCUCCCCCCUUUGGGUACAACUCUGGAGAUUCCACCUUCAUCAGCUACCCUCCUGUCUCUGCCUCACACUCUCCAUGGGUCACGCCUAUGGAGAAGGGCGGCGGGGGCACGUCACCCUGGGAGUACCAGGGCUCUCGACGGGACCCGGAGAGAGAGCGGGAGCGCGAGAGGGACCGGACUCCCACCACCAGCGAGUACAGCAACGAGGAUGAGCGUUACCACUACUACAGCCACGAGAGGGAAUACGAACGGGAGUUUCACCACGGCCGUGAGCGCAGUCACGAGCGAAGCCGCGAGCGAGACGAGAGGCACCGGGACCGGCGCCAUCGCGAAAAGGAGGAGAGCGGCAAACAUAAGUCGUCCAAGCGCAAGCAGCACGAGGGCGAGGAGGGUGACGGACAUCGCAGGCACAAACACAAAAAGAGCAAGCGCAGCAAGGAGGAGAAGGAGGCGCCGGAGGAGGCUGUCGGCCACAGGGAGGAGCUGGAGGGCAAGGAGUAGUGGCUCCACCCCCUUCUCCCCAGGCACUUUGAACAUUCCCGCCAGCAGGAGGCCCAUCAAGCUUCCGGAAAGCUCUGCGAGGGGCACCUCUUCUUCCAGACAUCCCAUUCAUUGUUUUCCGAGCGCCAACUGUGAUUCUGCAGUAAGCUAUGUCGUUUGUCAGUGUAUCACACAUUUCCUAUUUAAGAUGUUUUUAAAGACCUCUAGGCUUUUAACGUUACUUUUAUAUAGGAGAGGGAAAAGUUUUUUUUGUUAUUUGUGCUGUUAAUAUAUGUAUCUGGUGCUCAUUUAGGUAAAUGUUAGUGUUGGGAUUAGCCAUAGAGGCGUAAUUAUCACCAGCAAGUAAGGCACCGCUGGACACACUCGCCCAGACACUUCAGAACAUCUCACGUUCACUUUGUGAAUGUUAACAGAAGGUGAUCUUCAGACGGAUUUCCCUGGAAGGAGAGACAAGUGUAAAAACAGGACUGCACUCAGCCCAAAACAUGCCCUUUCAGCGUUAUUCGAUGUGAAAGUGUUAUAGUUUUUCUCUGCAAAAUGGCAUGAUACCAAAUGUCUCUUUUUUAUACAUCUUCUUUUUAAUGGCACACGACAAAAAUGUGAAUGUCAUGACUUAAAGAAUUUAAAAAGGAAUAUAUAUGUAUGAAAAUUAAAAAAAAAAAAAAAAAAGACAAGUUUUAUUUUAUUAUUUAUUAAAUGAAAUCAGUUUAAAUCACACUGUGGUCACUGCAAAAGCUGGUUCCAACAGCAAAGCUUCGUCUAGGCUCAGAAUGUUCUACGUAUGCGUAUAAAUAACCAGACAUACAUUCUAUCUACAGAGAGAGACUGCAGCAGAGUCCUGGAGCAUUUUGUCUCUGGGAGCGCUGUCGACCGCACCCAGUUUAGGAAACGUCUGUUUGGGAUCCGUUGCAACUGAAUGGAUCUUACAGGUGCUCCAUCUGGAUGAUAAAAUCACACCCCCCCCCCCAGAGAGUCACUGCGUGUCAGGGGCUCUCUACCCUUCCUACCGGGAAUGUGGAAGGCGAGCCAGUUUAGCCGGAGGUGCCAGGGCCCGCCCGCCGCCUGGAGCACCGUGGGCCUUAGCGGAACUCCUCCCCAGUCUCACAGGAAGGCCUACAGAAGCAGGGGGGGGCUAGAUGGCGAGACUCAUGUUUAUGUCUUUUUUUCCCUUUUUUUUGGUCCUUAAGGCAGGUAAGAAUUGCUUUUCCUCUGUAAGAAACAAGGCACCCAAAUGAAUCAUAAGAAACAAAUCAGAACAAACCAUUGCACCCUAUUCGCUACCAGCAGAGCGUCACUUCAGAGACGGUGCGUUCGAGGACAAUGGAUCGACUGGGUAGUUCACCAGGCACAGUUACAUAAUUGUAUGCAUAGGAGGAUAAAGCUGUGUG